UCCUCUCCCUCCUCCUCCUCCUCCUCCUCCUCCUCCUCCUCCUCCCUCUCCCCGCCCCUCCCGCCCCUCCCUCCGCGCACGCGCCCCGCGGCGCCCCGGCGGCGGAGCCAAGAUGGCGGCGGUGGUUCAGAAUGUGGUCAAGCUGCUGGGCGAGCAGUACUACCGGGACGCCAUGGAGCAGUGCCACAGCUACAACGCGCGGCUCUGCGCCGAGCGCCGCGUGCGCCUGCCCUUCCUGGACUCGCAGACCGGCGUGGCCCAGAGCAACUGCUACAUCUGGAUGGAGAAACGGCACCGCGGGCCCGGUUUGGCAGCCGGGCAGCUCUACUCGUACCCGGCGCGGCGCUGGCGCAAGAAACGCCGCGCCCACCCCCCGGAGGACCCGCGGCUCUCCUUCCCUUCCAUCAAACCCGACGCGGAGCAGGCGCUGAAGAAGGAGGGGCUGCUGGCGCAGGACGGGAGCAGCCUGGAGGCGCUGCUCAGGACGGAUCCCCUGGAGAAGCGCGCGCUGCCCGACCCGCGCAUGGACGACGACAGCCUGGGCGAGUUCCCGGUCACCAACAGCCGCGCGCGGAAGCGCAUCCUGGAGCCCGACGAUUUCCUGGACGAUCUGGACGACGAGGAUUACGAGGAGGACACGCCCAAGCGGAGAGGGAAGGGCAAGGCCAAGGGAAAAGGCGUCGGGGGGGCUCGGAAGAAGCUGGAUGCCGCCAUCCUGGAGGACAGGGACAAACCCUACGCGUGUGACAACAGUUACAAACAAAAGCAUUCCUUGAAACCUCCCGACCGAGUCUGCGGGAAGCGCUACAAGAACCGCCCGGGGCUCAGCUACCACUACGCGCACUCGCACCUGGCCGACGAGGAGGGCGACGACAAGGACGACUCGCAGCCCCCCACGCCCGUCUCCCAGCGCUCCGAGGAGCAGAAAUCCAAGAAGGGCCCCGACGGGUUGGCCCUUCCCAACAAUUACUGCGACUUCUGCCUGGGUGACUCCAAGAUCAACAAGAAGACGGGACAGCCCGAGGAGCUCGUGUCCUGCUCCGACUGCGGCCGCUCCGGGCACCCGUCGUGCCUGCAGUUCACGCCGGUGAUGAUGGCGGCGGUGAAGACGUACCGCUGGCAGUGCAUCGAGUGCAAGUGCUGCAACAUCUGCGGCACCUCCGAGAACGACGACCAGCUGCUGUUCUGUGACGACUGCGACCGUGGGUACCACAUGUACUGCCUGACCCCGCCCAUGUCCGAGCCCCCCGAGGGGAGCUGGAGCUGCCACCUCUGCCUGGACCUGCUCAAGGAGAAGGCGUCGAUUUACCAGAACCAGAACAGCUCCUGAUCCCGCUCUUCCUCCCCAUCCUCAUCCUCGCCCUCACCCCCAUCCCUGGCCCUCCUCAUCCUCACCCCCUCGGCUUCGGGGCCUUUUAUUUCCCCUUUUUUUGGGUCCUUUUUCCCAUU